ACGGCGCGGCGGGAUUGGCGGUUGGAGGGAUUGUGCUCGUAUUUUCCAAACGUCAAGCGCGUGAUGGAUGACUGUUGGGUCGGAGUCGACGGCGGCGCUGCAAACGCUGCGGGUCUCAGGCAUUAAGAUGCAGAACGAAAAAAAACGGCGAUAGCGUGCGGCCGGCCGGCGACAUCUUCGAGUCGUGUUGGAAGCGAUGAACCCGUGUCUGGGAAUGGUGCUGGCAGUGGCGUGAAUGUUUAAACGGUUCGGACAAACAACAAUAUUGGCAAAUGGAGAACUAUUUCCAAGCUGAGGCAUUUAACCUGGACAAGGUGUUGGAUGAAUUUGAGCAGAAUGAAGAUGAAACCGAGUCCCCAACGGUAUUUGAGGCAAAAUGGAGUCAGAUUUUGGAUCCACCUUCUCACCUGCUUUCUUUAAAUCCAGCCUUGUCUAAUGUGAAUGUGGGAGCAUUUUCCAGUGAAGUGCAAGCAAAACUAAAAUGUUGUUCUUCGCCCAAAUCGGAGAUUUCAGUCUUGGGGAGAGCCGAUCACUUUCUUAAUGGAACUGAUGCCACAGAAAACCUUGGACUUGAUGUACAUUGGAUUAAUGAUGAAGAAGCUCUGGUGACUAGCAAAGGCAAUUGUGAUCAUUGGCCAAAUUUUAAAUCGUCUGUGAAGCCUGCUUGUGAAAAGGAAUUGACUCUUUCAGAAGAUAUGAAUUCUUCAAGUAUAUUUGGGACAAUUGUUCAGAAUUCUGACAGUCAAUCAGAACAGUGUACUGAUCUUAUAGAAGACAAUAAUGCAAAUAGUCAAAAUAUGUUAAAUGCUAACAGUUUUUUGGUAGAAAACUCAAAUCUGCAAAGUGAACCAUUAUCUUCUGCCAUGAAUGUCAAAACCGAGAAGGCUACUAAAAUGAAAAGUAUUGAACAAUUGAAUGCACCCGGUACAGAUGAGUUUUCUGAGAAAUCGUCAUCUGAUAGUUUAACGAACCCUGCCGAUUUGGAAAAUCUUUCACCAACUUCAAAAGAGUCUUGGAGUGUUGAGGAUUUAUCAGUUAUUUGUGAACAGAGUGAAUUGUCUAAAUUGGAUGGUGCUGCUGAUAUAAACGAAUUAAUUGAUUCAUUUUCUCGAAAAACGGACACACACGAUACAGUUACUGAACUUGAAGAUGAGUCGGUGCAGGUUGAAAAUUUUGUUGUAAAAGGUGGAGAGGAUUUAGAUGAUUUAGCUAAUACACUGAUAUUGGGUGAUAUGGAUAAUUUGACGGUGCCGAAAAUGGACUCUGAGAGAGCGCACACUCAACAGAUUGGGCCCUGUGGUGUCAAUAAGCAGCCACAUCUGAUUACAGUACAAUGUAAUUCCUCAAAUAAUGGCAAUUAUGAAAAUGAUGGGCACCAUUUUUAUGAAAAUGGUAACAGUACAAUGAAACUAAAUGAUGAAAUGGCUGUUUGCCAAAAAACUAGUGACAUUUUGUUCAUGCAGGGAUAUACCACUGAUCUGUCUUGCCAUUCAAGCAGAAUGUCAUCAACUGGGAUUGAUGCAACAAUUGAUCAGUUAACCCAACACAUGAAGCAAGUUGAUCAUAAAGCAUUGGAAGGAAAUAAUGGUGAGAUUGUUUUAGAUCUAACAAAAACAACAACAGAAUCUGUGUCUAGUGACGAUUGGUUGCAAGGGUUGAACCCCUUGUGUGCUGACAUGAAAAAAAUGGCGUCAUCAUCUUGCUAUUCGUGUGAUGUAUUAGAAACUAUGUCAAUUCCUAAAUCAACAGUGGCCUGCGUUUCUAAAUCUUUGCCUUUAAAGGAAGAUUCAGUAACUGAAGAGAAAGAAAGAGAGGAGAGCAAAUCAGAAAAUUAUUUCAUUCAACACCAAGAAGGCAGUGCAGUGGAAUCUGGAGUGGUGAAUGAUUUGACCAGAUUAAGUAUUUCUACAGAUAUUACAGAUCAAUUGAGAGACAACUAUUUUAACACUCCUAAUCCAUCUGCCACAGAGACUGGUGCACAGGAUGAUGCAGAAAAAAUAGCUCUAAAUAAUGCACAAUCCCCUAGUAUUCCAUUUGGAGGUGCCAGACCCAAGCAACCUUUGAAUUUGAAACUACAAAUCCCAAAACCUUUGUCCAACCAAUUAUUGAAUGACUUAGGCUCAACUAACCUUGCACAAAACACAAAAAAUAAAAAUAUAGGUUUUAUUGAUAAAGCCGAACUGCCUGAAGAUUCCUGCUUGUGUGCUUUGAAUGGUUGUAAUUCAGUUCCGGAUUGCAGCGGUGAUAUUGAUGACUCUGGAGUGUGCUAUACUGGUGGUUCUAAAGAUAUCAACUCGGAUUAUGUUUUGGAAACUGAAAGUCCAAAUAAUGACCUGCAAAUUGGGCAGUUUGCAGGAGAGCUUAAAAAGCCAUUUACAAAUUUGGGUGAUGUUGCUCCUGUAUGGGUACCGGAUUCCCAAGCAGCAAACUGCAUGAAAUGUGAAAUGAAGUUUACAUUCACAAAGAGACGUCAUCAUUGCAGAGCUUGUGGAAAGGUUUUCUGUGCAGCUUGUUGCAGCCUGAAGUAUAAGCUAAGUUAUAUGGACAUGAAGGAGGCCCGAGUUUGUGUAACUUGCCAUUCUGUUCUAACAAGUUCUCAAGCUUGGGAAAAUAUGUUUAACGUCUCUGCUUCAAGUCCAAAUCCCAAUAAUCCUGCAGAGUAUUGUUCUACUAUACCACCACUGCAACAAGCUCAGGCAUCAGGGGCACUCAGUUCUCCGCCGCCCACAGUAAUGGUCCCUGUGGGAGUUCUCAAAUAUCCAGGCACAGAAGUGACUCACUCAAAGGAGCAAAGGCGAGUCUGGUUUGCUGAUGGAAUCUUACCAAAUGGAGAAGUUGCAGAUGCAGCAAAACUAUCAACAGGAGGACCAUCUAUGACACGAUCUUUGACGGUAUCACAUGAUCCUGGUAAAGAAGUUGCAACCAUACCCACAGCCUUAGAGAACGCAGCUACAUCAUUGGGUAGUACAGCUCAAAUAGGCAGUCCAGUUGGAAGUGCAAUUAACUUAGUCCCAGAAAAUGGGCUCCCGCCUAUUCUCAUCUCUACUGGUGUCAAAGGAGAUUAUGCAGUUGAAGAACAGCCAUCACAGAUGUCUCUGAUGUUGCAGUUGGAAGAAGGAGGCCCCGAUCCUCUAGUUUUUGUUUUAAAUGCAAACUUGCUUGUUAUGGUCAAACUUGUCAAUUAUGUGAACAGGAAGUGUUGGUCCUUCACCACCAAAGGAAUGCAUGCAGUGGGGCAGGCGGAGAUAGUCAUCCUCUUGCAGUGUUUACCUGAUGAGAAAUGCAUCCCAAAGGAUAUCUUUAAUCACUAUAUACAGCUAUAUCAAGAUGCACUGGCAGGUAAUGUUGUUGGAGAAUUGGGCCAUUCCUUCUUUACUCAGACUUUCCUUGGCAGUAGAGAACAUGGUGGAUUUCUGUAUGUCACCUCUACUUUUCAGUCUCUGCAGGAUGUUGUGCUUCCCAAUGCACCAUACCUGUUUGCCAUUCUAAUUCAAAAAUGGGAAACACCUUGGGCUAAAGUUUUCCCAAUCCGUCUGAUGCUGCGUCUUGGAGCAGAAUAUAGAUUUUAUCCAUGUCCGUUAUUCAGUGUGCGUUUUCGUAAACCUCUGUUUGGAGAGACAGGACAUACAAUAAUGAACCUACUUGCGGAUUUCAGGAAUUACCAAUACAAGUUGCCUGUAGUACAAGGACUUGUUGUUGACAUGGAAGUCAGGAAGACAUGCAUCAAUAUUCCUAGCAACAGAUAUAAUGAGAUGAUGAAAGCAAUGAACAAAUCCAAUGAGCAUGUGUUGGCAUUUGGAGCUUGCUUCAAUGAGAAGGCAGAUUCACAUUUGGUGUGCGUUCAAAAUGAUGAUGGGAACUACCAGACUCAGGCCAUAAGUAUCCACAACCAACCUAGAAAAGUAACAGGAGCCAGUUUUUUUGUCUUCAGUGGUGCUCUGAAAUCAUCUUCUGGUUACCUGGCCAAAUCUAGCAUUGUAGAAGAUGGUAUGAUGGUACAAAUCUCAGCAGAAACAAUGGAUACUUUACGACAGGCAAUCCGAGAGAUGAAAGACUUUACCAUCACCUGUGGUAAAACGGAUGCAGAAGAACCACAGGAACAUGUUCACAUCCACUGGACAGAAGAUGACAAAAAUAUCAACAAAGGUCUCAUCAGUCCAAUUGAUGGCAAAUCCAUGGAUGAAAUUGCAAGUGUGAAGAUAUUUCAUGGGUCAGAAUUCAAAACAAAUGGCAAAGUCAUUAGAUGGACAGAGGUGUUCUUCCUGCGGAGUGAGGAACAGCCCAGCGAUCUUAGUGACCCGGCAGAUCACAGCAAACUUGCGGAGAAUAUGUCCAAGGCAUUUUGCUUAGCACUCUGUCCUCACCUUAAACUGCUGAAAGAAGAUGGAAAAUCAAAACUGGGUCUUCGUGUCACACUAGAUUCAGACCAGGUUGGAUAUCAAACUGGUAGCAAUGGACAACCCCUCCCAUCACUGUACAUGAAUGACCUUGACAGUGCUUUGGUUCCAGUUAUCCAUGGUGGAGCAUGUCAGCUGAGUGAAGGGCCAGUUGUGAUGGAGCUCAUCUUUUACAUCCUGGAGAGCUUUUCCUAGAACCAUAAAAGACUUUUCCAUCUUACUGGUGUGUAUUGCUCUAACUGAAAACAUUUGCACUUUAAACUGUUGGUAUGGUAAAACUGAAUUGGUGCUCCAUUAUUGCUGAAUCUAUGCACCAUGGGCCACUGAGGUUAAUCUAAUGCAGGUCGGGUACCUGCCUUUCAACUUUCUAUUAAAUGUGGACUUGAUCUUUUGGUUUACUGAAGCUGUUCUUAAGCAUGAAUUAAUUUUGAUUUCUCCUAGUUUACAUUGUAUGGAUUGGCAGCAUAUCAUUCGUCAGGAUUAAGACUAGUUUGCAAUUUGAAGUAAAAUAAGUACACAUGGUUACAAUGACACUAUCAUAAGGACAGUGUAGAAAUACCUUGACCUCAGUAUCACUACUACCCUGACACAAUCUGCAGUUAAUCUAUUUAGUUUGUAUAUAAUGUAUGUCUGAAGUUUUGAAGCACUUAACCUAUGCCUUGUAAACCACAUAAUGGAACAUUGUGGUAAUCUCUAGCCAUGAAAUAAAGGUAGUGUAUAAACAAAUUAUUCUAAAAAUAAGAUCUUUUAAUGACUUUCUCAGCCAUACUGCAUUUCGUAUCAGCUGUAUUAAUUGUAUUUGCUGGUGCAUGGGCACCUCAGGUAAUAUAUACAGGGAUCAGUAUUUAAAGCCUUUAUGGAAAUAAUCUGUUUCAAUUGGGCUAUUAUGGGCAGUCUCCAAGUAUAGAAAAGUGAACUCCUGUAAGUAAUUGUAAAAUGUAGUUGUUUAAAAGCCAAAUACACUGUAUAUUUGUUUUGCAUUAGAAACAUUUGCGAUUUGAGAAUAGUUAAUAUAAGGUAAAUAAAUGUUUCUUUUAUUUUUAAAAAAAUGCUGUAGUAUGGCUUGUUAAGAAUUGGUAAAUAGAUGUUAUAGCUUAGUUUGGCCUAUUUCCUUCAAUUGUAUCACUGAGUGGAAAUGCGGUUUUAUCUUGCAUAUAAGACAUACAGAAUCAUUGUACAUUUAGGUGAAAUGCAAUUUCAUUUCCUUAGUUUUUCUAUUGGCAGUAGUCAAAUGUGCACUUUAGAAACUGGUUACAAAUAAAUGGUUUCCUAAUAAAACCUCAUUGAAUACCAAUUAAGUAUAUCACAUUAAAUACACAACAGCAAUAAAGUAUUCUUGCAUAAAUCUGUAUGUCUUUUUGUUGACAGUAUUCUGAAGCCUUUUAGCUUUUGAGGUGUGCAACUGGUAUGAGUGAUUUGGGGGUAGGGGGGAAAGCUUGAACUACUGGUUAGAAAAAAAUGGAAGUUGUUAUUCAUUAAUUUAAAUGCCAGCAAAAUCAGUUGCAUUAGGGUUGCAAAAGGAAAUAAACACCAUUUUUUUUAGAAAAACAGAUGGACCAUGUCAAUGAUAUUUCAUCAAAAUAGACACCUUGGCAUUAGUGUUGGCAGUUCUCAAAAAAGAUUCAUUUGCUCCUUGUCCACCCUUCCAAAGGACAAAUCUUCAAAUCAAUGAAUUCUUUAGAUUAAUUGUGAAAUCAUAAGUUACUUCAGCUUGUCGGUGUUUCGUUAAGAAACUUAAUGUUGCUCCUGCUCUCCAACCUAUCAUAGACAUGCAGAUAGAUGUUGUUUACAAAAAUAGAAUAACUCUGCCGGUCAGACAGCAACUCCAGAGAACAUGGAUAGGUGCUGUUAUUUUGGGUUCAAGAAAAAUAUUUCUGCCUUCAUAGAAAAAUAGGUUCAAGAGUAGGCCAUUCGGCCCUUCGAAAAAUCAACCUGAAAUGUCACAUCUCCCUGUCCUCCAGAGAUACUGCCUGACCUGCUGAGUUCACUCCAGAAUGUUAAAAAAAAUCUCUGACAUUCCCUUUAUUCUCUUCACUAUUUAAAACACUUGUUUUCCCAAUUUUCUAGUUCCCAUGAUAGGUUUCAGGCAUUGAGGAUGUAUGUGGUUGCCCUCUUGAUUUGGCAAGCUAACUAAUUUGUUUCACUGAUAACCAGUUCAGUUGUACAAUUUGAAAGAUAUGCACAAUGGUAUUAACAUGUAGUUCUAAACAGUUUUUUGUUGAAGUUUUUAUCACUUCACUUCAAGUAAAUUAUUGAUUCAAAAGAAAACCUAUUUCAAAAAACAAAUUGAAUUGAUCAUCUGUUCAAUAACAGCUUUACAAUGUGCGAAAGGAUGUGAUUUGAUGCAUACAAGUAUGAUGUAAUCUGUUUAAAAAAUAAGUUUGAAAAGGCCAACAAUCCAUGAUACUCUCAGCCAUCUUUAUUCACAGCAAUUUUUUUUGCAGAAUCAUUAUCUCAGCUGUUGAAAUAAAUUAAGAAUUUAAAAUAAUUCAUUUGCUUUAAAGAUGGGCAACAAAUCUGAAUCCAAAACACCCUCAUCCAAAAUGAAAAUGUAAUUUGUUACUUGAUUUUGCUCAGUAACACUGAAGCCCAGAUGCUAGAUUUUACAUGUGGUACAACAACUCUCCAACUGUUUUUUGUUAAGAGUGCUCUUGCUACCUUUUCAUUAACCUCCUUGCACCAUGUCAAGUUAUCAUUGAUUCUGCGGGAUUAACAAGUAGAAUGUUAUAGCAACCAAGAUUUUUACAAAAUUAAAAAUCCAAAUGAAGCAUAAUGGUAUUUAAAUAUGCAUUUGCAUUAGAUUAACAGCAGCUGAGGACAUUUGGAAGAUUAUUUACAUUAUUCUGAAAUUUACUUUGAUAUAAGUUAUGGCUAAUUCCUGUUUUUUUUUAUGUCAGGACAAAAAUUGUUAAUAACAAUGGAAACAGGCAUGCUCACUUAAAUUUGAGAAUUCAAAAGUCUAGGAUAUUUGCCAUUUCAAUAACAGUCAGAUUCAUUCUUAAGCAUUUGGUUUUCAAAACAGACUAGCUAAGAAAUACAAGAGUUAUCAUCUUGCCUGUAAUUUCAAAAGUGCUUUGGAACUUUAGGCACUAAAAUACAAAGAGACAGUAUGGAAAUUGUUAAAAUGUAACAUUUAUCUUUAAUUUAUUUUCAUAAUUUUUUCUACAUUGCCUUACUCUGACCCAUUACAUUAAUGGCAGGUUUGUAUUUGCAAGCUUUGUAUUCUCAAAUUUGUAGUAAUGAAAUACAGCAUUAAACAGUAUAUUUCACAAUA